AUUAAUUUCAGUCAAAAGUCAAUGACACAAAUCCAAUUACUCAAAAUACUGCCAGUCCACCGGCGACGACAGAAACACUUCCACGGGAACAUCUCCCGGAGUCACACUCAACAGAGAAGCUCGUCCGGUGACCGUCGGCAACAGGCCUCCAGCAUCCGUCCCUCCUUCUUCCUCUUUAGUGGGUAAUAUUCUUUAUUUCGAUCCGUCCAUCUAUUUAUCAUUCUAUCUUUCUUUCAUUUCUUCUUUAAUCUUAAAUUUGAGGGAAUCCCUAAUAUUCUUCUUUGCCAUACAUUCAUUUCUCGCCGGUGAACUUGCCUUGUUGCGAUAAGUUUCUAUCAUUGAGCUUCUUAUUGUGGAUUUGAGCCGCCUUGUUAAAUGUUCUGCUUUCCCUUUGAGGGGGUAUCGAUGGCAAAAGCACAAUCUCGGCCUGUUUCUUAAAAGAUUGUCUUUCUUUAUUACCUGGGUGUGUUCAUUUUAGGUUCCCGAUUGGUAUGAAUCAUUUGGUUUCAGGUUCUAAUGGUUUUGUACGUUCAAGAACCUUGAGAGUUCUGUAUGUAUAGCAUUUUUUUUGUUUUAAUUUUCUCUCUUUAUUUAUUUAUUUUUUGGUUUUAAUUUUUCAAUUCAGAAGGAAUGUUAGAAGUUGAAUAGUUUCUUUUUGUUUGGAUUUUGUAUAGAAAAUUGAAUAACUCUGUUUUCGAAUAUGUAAAAGUCAUGGACUGAUUGUAAACAUGUAUGCCUACGGAACAUGUAACAAGUUAUUGGUGAAAAUGGGAAUUGAGAGCUGGUGUAAGAGGCCCUAAAAGAGUUGACCUAGUUGUUAGUGAAGUAAUAAGAGCCUCAAUCGUAAAGAUCUCUACUAUAUUGAUUUUUCAUUUUCUUAUUUUACUUUUUGACGAUUUUUGUUUUUAUCUAGAUAUGAUCCUUUAAGUUCGUGAAAUAGCGGGUGGAAAUCUUUCACUGUUUGUUGAAUUUUUAUUAUAAGUUUCAUGUUUUGCAUUUCCCUUCUUCUUGGCAAAGGAAGUGCUGAACUAGCCUUUUCUUCUUCUCAAUGAAGUUCAUGAAAUACAUGCCUUGUAGAUCAUGGUAGAAGGCUUAUGUCUGUGCCAUAUUAGUUCGGUAUAAUUUAGGACUAAAGUUGCCCACUUCAUGCUGAUGUUGUUGAUCUUAGCCUGGGUAUUAGCUUUUCUACUGCAAUAAAUGGAUCGCAUGAUCUGUAACUUCAAAUAUCAUAGCUCUUUUGAGAAGUUAUAACGUUGCAUUACUAACUUUCAGGAAGCUAAGCUUUUUCUUAGUGGUGGAAGACAUAACUGCUUUUUCUAAAGAAUGAAAUCCGAACAGUUGAGUGAGUCUACACUGUUGAAACCGUUGGUAACUUUAAGUGGAAGUGCCGCUGAUACUGUAAUUGGACCUCCUCUUGGGAGAGUUGACAUUGGUGUCAAUGAAAGCGCUUAUAUAUGCCGUGUUAGCCUUCCUGGUGUCCGAGGGAAUGACGAUAAAGUGAAAUGCAACAUAGAAAGGAGCGGAAGGGUUGACAUAGAAGGAGUGGUUACUGAGUCCCAAUUUGUGAAAAAUUCCUCUAAGGAGUUUAAAAUUGCAUUGCAGCAGCUUAGCCCUCCGGGACCCUUCAAAAUUUCUUUUAAUUUGCCCGGACCAGUAGACCCCAGACUCAGCUCUAUUUCGUUCAAACCUGGUGGUAUUUUAGAAGUCGUGGUAAUGAAGUUCAGAGUACCUCAACUUUCCGCUAAUGGCAUGUUCGAGAAAUGGUUAUAACCGUUACAUCUGCUGUAUUCAUGAUUGUAAGAAAAAGGGGGACGUGAUUGUAUUCUCUGUAACCUUGUAACGUUAGAACUCAUGCGUCUAAUUUGGAGGUUGUAUUAACUUUGCUAACUGCUGUAAUGAUUGUUUUUUUUUGCUCUUUCUUUCUUGACUGUGUUAUCAAAAUUGCUUUUCUUUCUUGACUAUGUUGUCGAAAUCACUUGAUGCCGGUUUAGGUUUCACAUAUGUAUUGUAGUUGAUGUAAUCCACGUCCUAUGUUUACCAUAAUUUUUUUUUUUUUUUUUUGGUGAAUCAAUAAACUUGCAGCAUACACUUGGCUUAGUUCCUACAGCUUGCACUACCCCUAGCAUCCUGAUCUAGAAACAAGGAUAUACAUCCUGGGGGAACAUCAAAAAAAUAUAACCCCCUCUGCCUAUCUAGUGCAUUUUUUGCUAAAGCAUCGGCACAUCUAUUGUUUUCUCUAAAUGUGUGUACGAAACACACUUGCCAAUCCUUUUUCAAAAGAGUAAAGAUACUCCUCAAAUCGUGGUCGAGGGGUAUUUUUCUCCCAACAUUUUCUGGUCAAAAUCAAUUGCCAGAUAGGAGUCUGAUUCAACAAUUAGUCUGAUAAUCCCUUGCGAACUUGCCACUUUCAUAGCUAACCGAACUGUUUUAAUCUCUGCAUUUUCUAUGGAACAUUGUCCUAUCUGUUUGCUGAAGGCUUUCACGAAACGCCCUUGUUCGUCUCUUAGAUUACCUCCUGCUGCUGAAAUACCGGUUGUUGUACAUCUUGCGGCAUUGCAAUUCAUCUUGAACCACCGGGUGUAGGUUUCUUCUAUCCAUGUGUUUCUUCUCGGCUGGUUCAUGUUCUUUGCCAUUUCAAGAUGGUUUGACUUCUUGCAAUCUCUUCCGCUCUACUUACUGCAACUCUGACAGCACCCUGAGUAUUAAUGGUCCCUCCAUUGAAAACCCUGUCAUUCCUCCAUGUCCAUAACAACCAGCAUGUAGCCCCAAAUUCGUACUCCACCUGAAGUCCUCCUCUAGAUUGUUCCGCAACCACUCCUUUGUAUCCUGCUCAAAUUCAUACUCCACCUGAAAUCCUUCUCUAGAUUGUUGCGCAACCACUCCUUUAUAUCCUGCUGAAAGAACUGUUGCAUACAGUGGCUGGGGACCAGCUGCCGCCAGACCUCUCUUGCCAGAAAACAGUCCCUUAAGGCAUGUAUGGUAGAUUCUGGCUCUUGGUGACAGCAGGUACACACCUCAGAAGCGACUGAUCCACGAGAUUUGCAUAGCUCGUUCUCGGUAGUCUCCCAUGCAUAGCUAACCAGAGGAAGCUUCUGAUUUUCUGUGGUCCUUUCCACCUCCAAACUUUCCUCCAGUCCUGAUUUACCCGCAGUAUUGAAUCCUCAAGAGCUAAAAAAUAGGCAGACUUAAUUGAAAACUUACCUGAUCCAUUGUAUAGCCAUCUUGGUCUGUCCUUUCCUAGACUAAUCAAAGGCGGUGGGAUUUCGCAGAUUUGGGAAACCACAUCUGCAUGUAAAAAAGAUUCGAAUUUGCUCACGUCCCGCUGUCCGUCGGAUGUGGUAAACUCCACAACUGGCCUUGACUUCAUACUCCACAACUGUUUACCAUAAUUUUGCCUUAUCAUAAAUGGACCGAUGACUUUGAUGAUCUGGUUGCUGAUGAUGAGUUAAAUGUGUCAUUUUUUCCCGGGUUUUCAGAAGCUCUAACUAG